CUCUCCCUGGCUUCUUAUAGCAGCAGAGCCUAAGCGACGGCUGGGUGGAAACUGGAAACGCAAGCAAGCACUUCACCUCCGCUGGCAAGCCUGUUUGCUCGCUCCCAGGCCUGGACCCGCCCACAGCAGCCUCGCAAGACAACCGCCCGCUCUGGCCGCAGAAAUGGAGAAAACUUACACAGAUGCACUUCCUCUUACUCUGCAUUCAGAAAAGCAAGAGAUUGUCUGUGUUUUCGGAACUGGGGAUUUUGGAAGAUCACUGGGAUUUAAAUUGCUUCAAUGUGGUUAUUCUGUUGUUUUUGGAAGUCGAAACCCUCAGAUGUCCAGCCUCCUUCCCAGUGGUGCAGAAGUCCUGAGCUACUCAGAAGCAGCCCAGAAGUCUGAUAUCAUAAUUCUUGCCAUCCACAGAGAACAUUUUGAUUUUCUCUCAGAACUAAUUGAUAUUCUCAAUGGGAAAAUAUUGGUCGAUGUCAGCAAUAACCUCAAAAUCAAUCAAUAUCCAGAAUCUAAUGCUGAGUACCUUGCACAGUUGGUACCAGGAGCGCAUGUGAUAAAAGCAUUUAACACCAUUUCAGCCUGGGCUCUCCAGUCAGGAUCACUAGAUGCAAGUCGGCAGGUGUUAGUUUGUGGAAAUAACAGCAAAGCCAAGCAAAACAUCAUGGAUCUUGUCCGCGCACUUGGACUUACUCCAUUGGAUCAAGGAUCUCUUGUAGCAGCCAGUGACAUUGAAAACUACCCUCUGCAACUGUUUCCAAUGUGGAGGUUCCCUUUCUACUUGUCUGCUGUGCUGUGCAUUUUCUUCCUUUUCUAUUGUGUUAUAAGAGAAGUAAUAUACCCUUAUGUUUAUCAGAAGGAAGACAAUACAUUUCGCCUAGCUAUUUCCAUUCCAAACCGUGUCUUUCCCAUAACAGCACUGAUACUGCUUGCUUUGGUUUACCUCCCCGGAGUUAUAGCUGCCAUGCUGCAGCUGUACCAAGGUACAAAAUACCACCGAUUCCCAGGCUGGCUUGACCACUGGAUGCUUUGCAGAAAGCAGCUUGGCUUGGUGGCUCUGGGAUUUGCCUUCCUUCACGUCAUCUACACACUUGUGAUUCCCAUACGCUACUAUGUACGAUGGAGGUUAAGAAACCUAACAAUUGCCCAGGCCAUUGACAAGAAAGAUAAUCCAUUUAGUACCUCUUCAGCCUGGCUUAGUGACUCCUAUGUGUCAUUGGGAAUCCUAGGAUUUUUUCUGUUUGUCGUCUUGGGAAUUACUUCCUUGCCAUCUGUCAGCAACAUGGUCAACUGGCGAGAGUUCCGAUUUGUCCAGUCCAAACUGGGUUAUUUGACCCUAAUCUUAUGCACAGCCCAUACACUGGUGUAUGGUGGGAAGAAAUUCCUCAGCCCUUUGAUUCUAAGAUGGUAUCUUCCUUCAGCCUAUAUUUUAGCACUCAUCAUUCCUUGCACAGUGCUGGUGAUCAAGUUUAUCCUCAUCAUGCCAUGCAUAGACAAGACCCUCAUGCAGAUUCGCCAAGGUUGGGAAAGAAACCCAAGAAACUCAAAAUCAACCCUGCAUGGAAAAUCAGAUAUUUGAAGCAAAGUUGACUUGUUCAUAACCUCUGAACUAUUGUAUUGGAUAUUUAGAGAAGAAUAAUGGAUGCAUUUAAGACAGCUGUUUCAAUCAUUGUGACUAGAAAUUUAUAACACAGAAUGAAGUAGUGCCUGACUUUGGGAAACAGAUUGGAAGGUUUACUGUUUUAUCUCAGGGCAGUGAUGAAUUAGUAUAGGUUCCUGUGGCUCUCUCCAGAAGCCCUGAGGCUGCCACUACGAUUAGGUUUGUGGGAACUCAUUAAGAAGCUUCUUGAUUGUGGGCAACACACAUUAUGUAAUCCUUUGCACAAUGCAGGAAUAGUACAUGCAACUUCCUUCUCCAAUUCAAGAACUAAACUAAGUGAAAGAGAAAGUAAUGUUGAUGAAAGUUUUCUUUGGUAUGCCCAAAGAAGAGGCCCAAGCAAAGUAUCCAGGAAUGAGAUUUUGUUUAUUUGCUUUUGAUGUAAUCAUAUGCAUUGUAAUGAUUUUAGUUUUUAAAUUUUUAUCUUGCUUGAGAUUUUGGCUUUUUGGCAUUUGUUUGUGCAGUGAUAGGAAGUACAUCUAGGUACUCAUACAUAAUAGUAAAGCUGAACUAUAUUCCCAGCCCAGUGUUUUAUUUUUUUCUUUUGGUAUAGUGCUGAGGAUCAAGCCUAGGGCUUUGUGCAUACUACACAACUACUGUCUUUCUGAGCUAUACCCCCAACCCUGCCAUUGAGAGUUCUGUAGUCUCAUGUACCACCUUGAUACUGCUUUACUAACAUCAGUAUCUUUACUGUGGCAAGUUAUUUUUUUACUGCAACAAAAAUGUCAUAACUUGUUGAAAGUAACUAUGCUUUUCAUAUAUGCAAAUUCAUUGUUUCCAGAAGAUUCUUCCUCUACAAACAGUGAGUAAAGACUGAGUAACAAUUCAUUUGGAUUUUUUCAUUGUGCAAUAAGCAUGGAGGACUGGUAAAGCCUUUGUACAAAAAGUUCAAAUAAUCCAAAAUUUUACUUAUAAAAUUAAGUAAAUGAUAUAAAAUUUCAUUAUGUUAGGUGUUAUAUUAUUUAGGUAUUGUGUUAUGCUUUGUAAAUUACAUAUCCCAAAUAUUGUUCAAUACUAAUCAUUUGUAAAAUGAAUUUCUAGUACAAAGAUAUAAUGUCAAUAAUCUUAGCCUGUUAUAUUUUAAGCAGUAAAGUUCAACAAAUUAUCUGAAAAUAUAAAUUUGGCCAAUGUAUUGGUGAGAGGGAAUUAUGGAAAGUCUAUUGGAAAAUCAGUGUGAGCAGCAGUUACAUGAGACCAUUUUUAUUCCCAUAUUCUUGCUUGGAUGCAGUUGGUUCUGCUGUCUUUCUGUGCACACAUGCCUUUUCCAAAAUGACCAUCAGCAGAAUUAGCCUUCCUAGUUCUACCACGAAGCUAAAAGGAGAUUUUUGUACAAUCUUCCCACAUAUCACUGAACUAGCUAGAAGGCAAUGGGUUUGAGAUUGUUUUUUCUGCUAAUCUAUGAAGCUAAUUUAUUUUUUUAUGUGAGAGAGAGGGAUAUGGAGAGAGAGAAUUGGGGUAUUAGGGCCUCCAGACACUGCAACCGAACUCCAG